CGAGAUACCUGGAGUCCAACCGAUGAAGUCUCUUCAUUUGCUAUACAAGGCCUGGAAUUUACACUUGCUGCAAUGACAGAAAACUCACAACUCAUACAUAUAGCCCACACAAAUUUUUGAGCUGCUCUUCUCUCUUACACAUUUUUUAAGAGUUGUGUAAGCCCGAGUUCAGGACUUCUGCUGUUGUUCCUGGUAGAAAGCCAGUAGUUUGUUAGCUGGCAAUGUCGUGGGACUGUGGCCUUAGAUACAUGUUCUCUGUGUCCCCUGCGCUGCAGCAGGGGAACAAGUGCAUCCUGCAUGACAAGGAGGACAUAUCCAGACUGGAGAUGGUCCAGAGACUGGCCAAGGAUGGCUGCCGCUUUCUGCAAAACCACAGCAAGAGCCCAGAAAAGACAAAUGAGCCCCAGAGUGACGAGGCAGUCCGCUUGUGUCUGAGAGAGAGGGGCCACGAUGUGCUCGUUCUCCAGAGAGUGUCGUCAAAGCAGCUCUCUGCAACAGCGAGGGGAGGAGGGAGAGAGGAGGCAAGAAACAGGAGGUACAUGGUAGUGUCAGGGACCCCUGAGAAGAUCCUGGAGCACUUGCUGAACGACCUGACUGUGGACGAGGAUCGAGGGAUGACACAGGGCAAAGAGUCAGAUACACUUCUAGAUGACUUCCUGUUAACGUACCCAGUAUUCAUGUCUACAAGUGAUUUAUGCCAAGCUCUGCUGGGACACUAUUGCACCAAGAGACACAGACGGAAAGAGGAUCGGAAGGAGGCGCUGGAGAGGAAGCAGAAACUCCUGCACCUGGUGUCGCAGUGGAUGUCCCUCUGCAAAGACUUCCUGAGAGAAGACGAGCAUGUCAAACUCUUCAUGAAGACUCUGUAUCGUUAUGUGCUGGAUGAUCUUUAUGAGCACCCGGCCCUGGAGAGGGAUUUGGGGGAGCUGCAGAAACUCUACCAGCUGCAUCGCAGACAUACUGUGGAUGAUUAUUCCCCUCAAAGAAAGACCAAAGCACUUUUCCACCAAUUGAGUCUGAAAGAGAAUGGGCUCCAGUCCAGGGGAACACAGAGGGAGACCAAGGAAGUGCUGUGUCAUGUGUAUAUAACCAUGGACUCAUACCUAAGUAUGAGGGUCCAAUCUGGGGUAGUAGCACAGGAGUUGGUGCAGGCAGUGGCAGAAAGGAUGGAUGUCACCCAGGAGGAACUGGUACUUGUGGCUGUCACUUAUCCUGGAGGUAGACUCCUCCUGCAGCCUCAGGACAGAGUCUUCUCCAAUUGUUUACGUUCAGUGGGAAGGCUGCACGCGUGCAGGAAGGACCUUGGUGAAGUCCUGAACCCCUUCACAGAUAACUCAGAGCUGCAGCAGGGGACGGCUCACAUGCUGAGUUUAAACACAUGGGAUGUAGCUGUUGCACUCACCGAUUUUGACUGGACAAUUUUUGAUUCAGUGCACGAGCAAGAGCUGGUCUACUUCACCUUCAACCGCCACGCCAGCAGCAACCACACCACAGCUUUAGAGUUCCUGCUGCAGCGAUGCAAUGACAUCCAGCUGUGGGUGAUGACCGAGGUGCUGCUGUGCCCAACGCUCUGCAAACGGGUUCAGCUCAUCAAGAAAUUCAUAAAGAUUGCUGCCCACUGUAAAGCACAGAGGAACCUCAACUGUUUCUUUGCGAUCAUAAUGGGCCUCAACACAGCAGCCGUGAGCCGCCUCAGUCAGACGUGGGAGAAAGUUCCCGGAAAAUUCAAAAGGCUGUUUUCAGAGCUGGAGACAGUUACAGAUCCCUCGCUGAACCACAAGGCCUACAGGGACUCCUUCAAGAAGAUGAAGGCUCCGAAGAUUCCCUUUCUUCCUCUGCUACUGAAAGAUAUCACAUUCAUUCACGAAGGCAACAAGACGUUUCACGAUAACCUGGUAAAUUUUGAAAAGCUGCACAUGAUAGCAGACAUGGUGCGUCUCAUCCGACAGUGUCAGAAAGAUCACAUGGGAAAUGGAAUAACAGGGAAGAGCAGCUCAGAGGUGCGAGCCUACAUUGACUAUCUUCACAUCAUCGACAAUCAGCAGACUCUGUUUGAACUGUCACACAGGCUGGAGCCUCGUGCUUAGAAAACAGCUCUGACCCUUCUUCAUACUGUGCCAAGGGACAACCUUAUUGUUGCCUCGUCUAACUCUCAGGACUCAGUCAGCAAUCGCACGAAGGCUACAUGACCCUGACCAACCACAGGAGGGCGCUAUUUGAUCAGGAGAUUAGUCACCAGAGAUAGGAGCAGGCAGCAAACAUAACAUGAAAAAUCAAAGCAGGGUCAGCCAAUACCAUCAGAGUGUACAGCGUGUAACGCCAGCUUGAUGCUAAGUGUAGAAUCCGUCUAACUAUGACGCACUGCAAUCAACAGUUCCCUUUGAGGAGAAUCAGCAGCCUGCAAAAACAAACAGAGUUUGCAGGUGAAAAGCUUCCUUCUGAUACAACAACUCCUGGGGUCACUAUACUAGCCUUUUCUUUGAGCAUUCAGCACAACACAAACACUGAACACAGAAGGACGACUGGUUUAUAACUGUUUAUGACUUUUCAGACAGCUGCUGUUUUCUAACACCAUUAACACACACUGGCAGUUGGCUCAUCAGAUUUAACCAAAGAAUAUUUCAGCUAACAAGUUCAUUACACACUUUUACACACACUUCUGUUUUCUGGAGUUUGCCAGAAUCCAGAUAUUCUUGUUGCCAGAUGUAAGACCUGCUUUUCCCAAAGUAAAUCAGUGCAGUGCAUGCACAACGAGCUGACGUCUUACUGAAACAAGACGAUGGUUAGAGUGGAAACAGUUGUUGCAUAUUUAACAGUUUUGUAUAUUAUUUUCACGGUGCAUUUAAAACAAAAACGUUUUCAUUUUUAUUAUUUAAUCACAAAGCACAGUGUAUAAGAUGAGGCUUUGCACAGUAUAGAUUGAAUUAAUGCAGGGAACUACAGAGUAGUACAGUAUACUGUAUUUUGUUGGUGUGUGUUAUAAUUAUGUAUCUUUGUGCCAAAUCCCAUGAAAAAUUGGUAUUCGAAUUAAUCAUAAUUUUGCCAAUCAUUUUUAAAGCGCUGGCACAAAGAACUUCAUGUGGUUUAGCUGUGGACAAUCAGUUAAAUGAAGCCACAGACCCAUACUGGUAUUUCUCUGUACUGGUCUUUAAAGUUCACAGCAUAUUUUCCUGAGAUCAGACAUCCACUGAGUUUGGGUUUGUUGGAGUUUGGAGACUGACUUCAGCUCGUCACCUGUGGUACCUAGAGUACGAGAAUUUAGCAAAUAAAAAAGCAUUUCUUUUAAUUCUAAUAAAUUCACGAGUAGAUAAUUUAGAAGAAAAAUGUGUUCAAGCUAUAGCAAAAUUCAAACAUUAAAACGGCACCUUCUGGGCAAAAAUAAGUAGAGAAAGAAGAAAAACUAGAAGCCAUUUGCUCAUGUGCAUUGUAUUGUAGUACUACUGUAAAAUUUUAAACAUGCAGUAUUUGUUCUCUAAAUGGGUCUACUGAGAAAUCUCACUUUUGCCAGGUUGGGUCAGGCAAAUUGAAGUAGUUGUAGUGAAUUGUGUACAUGGAACUAUGCGUCCAUUCUUCACAUUUGUAUAGUUUUAAAACAAGUUUUAGCAGUCUUAUUUUGAAAUUCAAUGUACAGUUGAUUCUGUUUAUACAGUGUAUAUAUAUAUGUUGAAAAUCUGGAUACGGAUAUUUAUUUAUCUCAUAAUUAUUUAUUUCCUUUGAAGACACUAUUUAGGAUAAUUCUGUUCAAUUUUUUUUUUUUUAAUUGCACACACUGUUUUUGGCGGGUCUGCAUGAUAUGUCAAACCAUGGACUGACCAUUUGUGCCAACUGUGCAUGUAUUAAAAUAUUUUUCAUCAUGAGCUGCUUAUUCUAAAAGAUGCUUGUGGUCAUUCAAAAGAGGCAAAGUUUAUUUUCUAACACCAGCAAACAAACACCACUUCAAGUAGGAAUACAAAUACUAGAAGACUAGAAGAAGGUGAAGUACUGAUUAAAAGUCUUUGCUCAACUAAAAGUGAAACUGUACAGGCUCUGAAAUGUACUUUUAAACUAUAAA